AUGGCUAUGACUGUGCGAUUGCUUCUGGUGGUGUACGUGGGGAUUGCAGCAGCUGUCUAUCAGAUGUCUUAUGAGGCCGUGGUGCUCUACGAGGGCAGCGACAAAAAUGACGAUUUUGGCAAGGUUGUCAGCAUUUCAGGCAACUUGCUCGCGGUUGGUGCUCCUGGCGAAGAUGUGAACGGGACAGACGCUGGCGCCGUGUACGUGUACUCCUGGAGCGGAGCGGAAUGGCUACUGGAUGCCCGUUUGGUUUCUUCCGACAUCGCGCCCGGAGACUUCUUUGGCAACUCUGUCAAGAUGUCAGGUGAUCAUCUCAUCGUUGGAGCAGAGGGCCACGAUGACAGUGGCCUAGCAGAUGUCGGGUCUGCGUAUGUUUUCCGGAAGAGUUCCGGCGCUUGGGAGGAGCAGGCAAAGCUGGUGGGCAGCGACUCGGUGGCUGGCGACAAGUUUGGCAUCGCGGUGAGCAUCACGGAAGCCUUCGCCAUCGUGGGUGCUGAUUGGCACACGGGGCCGGGCGGGACCGGAAGCGGUGCAGCCUAUGUGUUUGCAUAUGAUGGCAGCUGGAAUCAGGAGGCCAAGCUGGUGGGGAGCGACAGCGUGGCCUUCGACCGCUUCGGUGGAACUGUGGCCAUCUCCGAUGGAACCGUCGUGGUGGGAGCUGUUGAAGCCGAGGACAACGGAGCAGCCUACAUUUUUGAGAGGACGGGCUACGCAAAGCGAAUCAGAGGGCUGACACGUAUGGCCCGCUAUGCGCCAGGCCGCCAGCGCUUUCGCACUGGUAGCGGAGCUUGCUCCGUGGCCCGCGCCAUGGCCGGCGGGGAUGCCGUUCCAUCCCGAGCUUUCUGGAGGGAUGAUGAGAUCAUCUGCGAUCGGGACGGCAUCCCGCACUUCACCGGGGUCCAGCCGCACCUCAUGAAGGAGUACCGGAGGAGGGUGCUCUUCGCCUUCAGUCACCUGGAUGAAGAUGAGGAGGCGGCUGGCCUGAAGAAGAAGCAGCAGCGCUUUGCCAAGCGCCUGAUCGAUGGGCUCCACGGAGAGGCCUGGAGAGCGGUGCAGAGCAUCAAGCGCGAAUCGGACAGACGAGCCAUUUUUACUGGCCAACAAGAGCACAACCAGGAGGGCAUCGAGCAGGCGCUGCGGGUAUCCUUCUUCAACCUGCAUGACAAGGAGAAGGAGGAAGAUGAUGGCCAAAGCCCAUCGGUGGAGAUCAUCGAAGAGGCUGAGAUGGAGAGCAAAUGGGAAUCCAACAUGGGUGCCUCUAUCUACAACGCCUUCAUCGCGAUGGAUGAUCAACGCAGGACCUACAAGGAUGACAGAUGCAGAAGGAGGGCCCGCUGUGCAUCUUGUGGUCAAAUCGGCCACUGGGCCGGUGAUGCAGCCUGUCACAAGCCGUCAACAAAGAAGGGUUCAAAGGGCAAGCGCAAGCCAAAGAUGGCCUAUCUGGCCAUGGCGGAGAUUCGUUUCUUCACCCUGGAUGAGGAGUCGCAGGACGAGGACGCCUACUCCUGGAGGAGCCCAACCGCAUGGACCAGAGGAGCGGCCUAA